GAAAAAUGGCAAGAACCAAGCAGACCGCACGUAAGUCCACCGGAGGCAAAGCCCCCAGGAAGCAGCUUGCCACCAAGGCUGCCCGUAAGAGCGCCCCGGCCACCGGCGGAGUGAAGAAGCCCCAUCGUUACAGGCCCGGUACCGUGGCUCUCAGAGAGAUCCGUCGUUACCAGAAAUCCACCGAGCUGCUGAUCCGCAAGCUGCCCUUCCAGCGCCUGGUCAGGGAGAUCGCUCAGGACUUCAAGACCGAUCUGCGCUUCCAGAGCUCAGCUGUCAUGGCUCUGCAGGAGGCUAGCGAGGCUUACCUGGUCGGCCUGUUCGAGGACACCAACCUGUGCGCCAUCCACGCCAAGAGGGUCACCAUCAUGCCCAAAGACAUCCAGCUGGCCCGCCGCAUCCGUGGAGAGAGAGCUUAA